CAACGCAACCCAUAAACAAUCUUUGUUGUUCCCAUAACUACUACUACUACUACAGUAAAUUUCCUAUCAGAGUUGUGCCCUGCACAUGUUAAUAUUGAAACCAUUUUUUUAGCAUUCUAAUUGAAUCCUCCCUGUUUUGAAAAAAUGACGAGAGGAUCUUGUAUACUUAGUGAUGGUAGUAUAUCAGGGAACUGCUUUGUAGUCUGUUGACUGGAGCUUUCUUCCAGAGGCAUAAAAGCAAGUUAGCAAUGAAGUAUGGAAGUAACUUGAAUAACUGUUUAAUACUCUGGACAUUAUAAAUAGUAUUUGUAAUAAGGUUAGUUCUAUAACCUUUUGGUAUUUGUAAGUAGAGGAGUAGAAUUCAUUAUUGAAUUAUGGAUCCUCGAGAAGCAUUUCAGAUUUUACAGCCAGCAAGUAUUGCUGUUGCUCGAGACCAUAGUGUUGAUAGCGUACGAGCCCUUUGCCAUGCAGUUGAGCAAGUCUUGGCAGCUGAAAAGAAUUCACAAAUUGAUGGUGGCUCAAAUUGCAUCAGUCAGAUGAAGGAGUAUCUUGUGUUUCCACUUUUUAUCGUUUUGAAAAGUGGCAAGAAAUUGUCUUGGACUAUGCAAGAAGAAUUGGUCAGGUGUCUGCUUAUUGUUUUACGCCAAUCUAGUAUAGAUGAUUUCAGUUUUUUUCAAAAUAUUUUCACUGAGCUUUUCAUUCUUCUCACAAACAAGAGUGAUCCCCAAAAAGGAAAUAACCUUAGUGAAGAGUGUAAGCAGUUGGUAUUGACUACCAUUACAACAGUUAUCCAUAAUAGUACCGAAAAAGUGCUGGAGAAAAUUAUUAGUAAUGACUUUAGACCUCAGCUUGGUCAUGCUGUGUUUAUCUGCCUGAAACUAGCACAAGAAGAGAAGAACCGUAGCCUAAGAAUAGAGGCUAUAGUUUGUUUAUCAGCCUUAGGCCAAAAGAAAUUCUUUACAAAUAUUUCUGAGGCUAAACAGGAUAAUCUUAGUAGCACCUUCACAAAUUUUCUUCCUGGCAUUGUAACUGGGUUAGCAAAAAUUGCUAAUGGUGAUGAAAAACAAGGCCAUAAGAUUACUUGUGCUGCUAUAGAUGCCUGGGUUUACUUUGUUGUGUUAGUCAUGAGAGAUGAUUUCUUAAAAGAAAAAGUGUCAAAUUUAGAAGAGAAUGAAACAGUCUCAGAACUUAGGAAUAAGCUAUUUAAAGUGGAAAACUUGAACAAUAAAACAAAAACCUCUACUGAAAAGAAAAAUAAAUUUUAUAUUCCUGGACCAGAUGAAGAAACUUCUUUGAAGUUGCCCAGUGUAGACAUAAAUAGAAAAUGGAUACAUGAAACUGCAGGGAAGCUGAUCAUAUUAAUUCAGUCCAUGAUAAAACUGGUAAGUCACCCCCAUUGGAAAGUGAGGUUAUCUCUUAUUCAAUUUGCAGAAAAACUUAUCUGCAGUUGCCACAGGUCCCUCACUGGUGCAGUUGUAUUAGCAUUGCAAUUGAUCAUAACACUGAGAAGUGAUGAUAUUGUUGAUGUGGGAACUUCUGCCCAGAAUUCUCUGUUAUCUGUGAUGAAUGUUAUUGGAUAUGAAAAUCGCCGCUCAUCCAUUCAGAAGGGUAUGUAUGAAUUGCUUGAGGAGCAUGUGUAUGCUCUUUGUACUCAGUUACCUACCAUUUUCAAGCAAGAUGACAAUUCUAAGACAUUGUCCAGUGUACGUCAGCUUUUGGGAUGUCUUGAAGUUUUAGGUGGAAGGAUUUCUCAGUUGAUGACUUGGCCAACCCACUCUCUCCGUCUACUGAGGUCACUUCGUUAUGGUCUUGCACUUGAUGUAGGAGACUCUGAUCUUCUUCUUGAAAGGACAAGUGCUGAAGAUCCCUUCAGUGUUUUAACAAUUAAACCAUCUCUUGGCCGUAGCUUCAAGUAUUUCCAAGACGUACGUAUAUUUGAAUCCAUUGCUUCAUCUUGCAAGUUAAUUGGUUAUCAUUGUGAUAUCACAGUAGUGUCAGACCUAUGCCUGGAACUGUUACAAGAAUCUCAGUCGAGGAAAGAAGCACUUAUCGUGUUUACACUCAUCUUGCAAGGGAGAGAUAAAAGCAAGUGUAAAGACACAGAUGGUGACAGUAUGUCAUUAGCAGAAAAUGAAAAAGUUGUUCAGAGUAUUUUAGAUGUGUUGAUUAGCUUGGAAAUAUUUGAUGUUCCUCUGUCUGUUAUUGGAAAUGCAUCUGUUAGAAUCCAGGAAGAUCAAAUUAUAGUAGAUACAUUGGUCCCUGUCAACAGACAGGAGAACAUAUCAGUUGAUAUGGUUAAGAGCAAUAUUGUACUUGUUGCAAAUGCUUUAAAUUUGAUAAGUGCUGCAUCCCUAAUGAUUGGAAAGGAUUUUGAAAUGUUUUUGAGUACUAUUUUGUGCUCUGUGAUGGAAAAAGCUGGAGAGAGUAAUGUUUUGGUUAGUUUUACAGGGCACAACACACUUACUGCAAUUGCUAAAGCUUGCAAAUAUGGAGAUGUAGCACAAUUAAUUGAAAAGAGUGUCCAUCACUAUUGGUAUCCCUUGUCUAUGAAACUAAAGCGGUUACUUCAGUACCCUUCUGCACCGCUUGUACUUCAAGUAUGUCUAGAAUAUGCAAAUGUUGAUGUUAUUGCUUUCACUGAAGAAUUAGUACAAGAUGUGUUAAUAUCUCUUGAUUCUUAUCACAGUGAACAAGCUUUGCCUUUACUGAGAGUGUUGCUAGUUUACAUCAUGGCAGUAAUUAGGUAUGAAGCAAAGUCAACUAUUACGGAAGUCCAUGUUGGUAGAGAAGUAAAAUCAAUUGAAGAGGGUGGUUCUGUGAGUGUAACUGUUGAUGAAAAUUCCAAAUCAGAGGGAUUGGCAUUCUUUUUGAGAGACUAUCAUGCUAAACAAUUGCAAGUCAAGGAAAAUUUAGAAAAAGAAGAAAAGGAAGAACCUUUGGAAGAGGAGGAUAUUGCAAGAGGUUUUAGUAAAGGUGAGGGUGAAAAUAAAGGUGAUGAUGCAAUUGAUGAAGUUAGUCAACCAGAUGAAAACAAAACUGAAGCACCAGUGUAUGUUAAACAUGUCGUGGAAGUUCUUGAAAAGUGUUCUCACUUAUUAUAUGUUCAGGACAGGAAGCUCAAGUUGUUAAUCUUAGAAGUAAUAAGGGCUGGCUCUGAUGCCUUGGCAAAAUGGGAAAACGAGAGACUGCCUGUGUUUCACAAGCUUUGGAAGCCUCUUGUGCUUCGAUUAAAAGAUGUUGACUUUAUUGUAAUGAUGCGUUCCUUUGAUGUUUUAACUGUGAUGGCUGUUAGCAGUGGAGACUUUUUAAGACGUCGUAUAAUUAAAGAAAUUUUCCCUGUUAUUUUCUCAUUUUUGAAAAGUCAAGGAUCUGUAAGUUUGAGUAAGACAAAAGAUAGUGGUUAUUAUAUGACAACAGCAUACCGAGCUCAGUAUUCUGUGUUGAAACAUUUACCAAACUUAUUGAAGGCAUUAAACUUGGGAGUUUUAGAGACAAGUGAACUUCUGAAUGUUAUGAUGAUUUACUUAGACACCCGACAACCACAGAAACUUCUUGACUUUGCAAUAGUUGUUGUUAAGGAGGUUGUAAAAACUCAUCCUCAGCAUGUAUGGCUGGUAUUGGCGUAUCAACAGCCACCAGUACGAAUUUUACCCCCAUCACCUUGUUUAGGUGCUGUCCACAUCAAAAGUAUGCCCCAAGUACAGUUACCAGAUGAAAUUGUUGAGUUGUAUAGACAGUUGUCAUGAGUGAUGAAUUAUUAAAGUUCUGUAUUAUUAUCCAGGUUUUGUUCCAUAUUGAUGUAAAUAAUAAUACUGAUCAUGUAAUGAUGUAUUCAAUAUUUACCCUUAUGUCACAAAUUGUAAUACAGUAUUACAAUUUUUUAUGUAUAGCUUUUUACAUAUCGUACUACUGUGCUACAUUCUUUUAAGAAGAUUUGCUGAAAUUCACUAUGGAAGUUCUUUGACCCUCCUUAAAACAGAUUGUUGUAGCCAGCUCUGUGACCACUAAUUUUGUGGGCUGUUUGGUAUGGUUAAAAUGCUGCAUGACAUUGAUAAUUUCACAAUGACUUUUUACAAGUUAAAACUUAAUACUUUUUGUAAAAUUAAAUUUAGAAAAUUAUAUAAUUGUUAUGAAGUGAAAUACUUACUUUAAUUUAUCUUCCUGCCACUGGCCAGUGGCAUAAGGCUGAUACAGUUCCUCUCCAUCUGUCUCUAUCCCGAGCCAUUUCCCUUGCUUCCUCUAGGUUAUGGAUUUCAUCCUCAAGAUCCCUGACAAUUAUGUCUAUCCACCUCGUUCUUGGUCUACCCAGCAGUCCUCAUCCUAUUUGUACUGCUCUCAGUGCUCUCCUGGGGUCUCUAUUUCCAUCCAUCCUCUCAACAUGUCCAAACCAUUUCAGCCUUCCCCUCUUCAGCCUGAUACUGACUGGCCUUUGCCUCAAUCUCAUCCUGAUGUCUUCAUUCCUAACAUAAUUGUCCCAUUUAAUGCCAAGUAUCCUUCUCAGCAGCUUCAUCUCAAAAGCAUCCAACCUUCUCUCCUCUGUUCUGGUCAGUGCCUAGGUGGACGAACCAUACAUCAGGACUGGUAGUACUACUGCAUUACAUAUUCUCAUCUUAGUUUUCAAGCUGAUUUCAUGCCUUGACCACACGUUUUUUCUCAGAACCUCAAAAGCUCUUGCUGCUCCCAGUUUUCUUCUUUGUAUAUCUUCAGUUUGCCUCCCGUCUGCUGUUACCACACUUCCCAAGUAUACAAACUUCUCAACUUGCUUGAGUUCCUGUCCUCUGAUUGUCAUAUCCUCCAUAUGCACCCAAUCGUCAUCCCUACUCACAACCAUGAUCUCGCUCUUCUUUGUGCUGAAGUUCAAGCCAAAAUUCUUUGUCUCUGUCUCCAUCCUCAUUACCAUACCUACCAGCACCAGCCAUGUAUCAGCAACCAAUGCAACAUCAUCAACAAAGUCCAAAUCCAUGAAAACUUCUCCACCAAUACUAGCCCCUCUGUUUUCAUUCUCCAUCACUCUUCUCAUUAUGUGGUCAAUAUAUACAUUAAAUAAGGUGGGUGACAUAACACAUCCCUGUCUUAACCCACUUCCAACUGGGAACCAGUCACUUUGUUGUCCGUACAGCUGCACACACCUUGGUACCAGUUCUUUAGUAUCCUUAUCACUUUCAGUGGUAUACCAUAGUGUUCUGCCACUCUCCACAUUCCAUCUCUCCAUACUGAAUCAUACCCUUUCUCCAAGUCUAUAAAAGCACAGAAUAUUGGCUUUGCAUACUCCCAUCUCUUCUCAGUUAUCUGUCUUAAGGUGAAAAUUUUAUCCACUGUUGACCUUCCACUUCUAAAACCACACUGCUGUUCUCUAAGUUUCUCUUCUACGAUAGGUCUUAUUCUGUUAAGUAUUAUUCUCAUGAAUAUCUUCCCUGGGACUGACAGUAAACUUAUGCCCCAACAGUUACCACACUCCCUUUUGCUUCCCUUAUUUUUAUAUAUCGGUAUCAUAAUUGCCUUUUUCCAAUCACUUGGUACCACCUCUGUUUUCCAAACUAUGCUAAAAACCACUCUUAAGGCCUCUAUCAUCCUUCAUCCUUCUGCAUUUAGCAUCUCCACAGUUAUCCCGCACACACCAGCAGUUUUUCCAUUUUUUACAGAUUUUAAGGCAUCUUUCACCUCUUCUGCACUAAUAUCUUGUUCUUGUACCUCCAGUGUCUCGUUUAACUGUGCAAUUACAGUUCAAGUUAAAAUGGUUACUAGGAUGUGAUGAUGAUUCACAUAGGAAGUGUUGAAGGUUUAGCUCGUUCAGAUGUAUCACAAGGCAGGUUAUUAAGCCUUUUGAGUUGGACGCAUUUGCCAUUUGAAGUUCUGUUAUUGUUUUAAAUGUGUUAUCUUUGCAUUCUUGCAUGGCACUACACCUGCUGUUGUCUCAGAAUUUCAUUUUGUUUUUCAAUGAAGGUAGCCUAAGGAUAACAAUGAAUUACUGUUUUGUUUUGUUUUUUAUAUUUACCUGGAAUAUUUACUGGGCAGUUUAGCAAAUCCUUUUAAAAAUGUCCCUUCAAAAUAAGAGGUGAACAAUUUAUGAUGAACUUAGUAGUAUGACUCUUGGAUUAGCCUCUGAACUUUGUAGCAUGACUCCUGGAUUAGCUCAAAUUCUUAGUUCAGCUUUAUGAAAUGUUUGUGAAUGAUGUGAUGCUGAGGGGUAAGAUUUUAUCUGUUGGUAGGAUACUGGGUUGCUCCUUUGUCCAUGUAUAACUGGAAAGUUUUACAAGGCAGAUACCUGUAUAUUUGGACAUUGGAGGUCAGUUACAUUGUAGUACUAUUAUGAUGGAUGUUACAUUUGUUUUUGAGAGGCUUAACAAGCUUCAGAUUUUCAUGGCUAGGUCAUUUUAGAUGAGAUGUAUCAACCUAGUCCCUAAAGGCUUGUUCUGAGAGAGUUGAGAAUGUUAACUUGGUGGUUUGGUUAAGAUUUGUUUAUAAUGAUGAUGAUUUACCCAUUGGAGAUUUUGUUACUUCUUCAAGGCUUUUUGCAAUCUCUACAACUGGACUUAACAUAUCACAGAAGUACUAAUUAUUUGUGUAUUUUAUAUUUCAUUAUGCAGAUUUCCUAUGUUUUAAAUAAAUGAAUGCUGUAAUGAAGAGUAACUCAAAGCUUGGAAUAAACAACAUAUAAAUUCUUUUGAUGCAGUUUAUAGAUUGAGAAUAAAAGCAACUGAAACCUGUAUGAAGGCUUGGGAAAUUGUGAUUAGAAAGUUGAUAAAUUAAAUCUUAGCCUGAUGGGAGUUCCAGAAGAGAGGAGAGAACUCAUUCUAUGUUUAACCCCUUACAGAAAAAAGCAGAUGUAAAAACAUUUAUGAUGAUGAUGAAGUGCAAGAUUAAGUUACAAGUUAAUGCUGAUGCUAAUUGGUAAUGACUAGUUUUAGACUUGUAAUUUGAGCUAAUUAGGAAGUUUGCUGGCUGUAAAGAUUUCUUAUGGUAGUAUCUACGUAUGUACAGGGAGUAAACUUUGCUUUAUAUGUUUUACAACAAUAAUAUCAAAGGUAUUCAGCAAUGUCUUUUGUCCAUGCUACAUUCAGUAUGAAUAUUUUCUCUCACAUGCCUUGUGGAUAUUGAGUCCAAUUACAAGCUACUUUAGCAGCAUAUCGUGAGAAACCAAUCACAAAGAACAUGAGAUUUUAAGAAUACAUCGGUUUUGAAUCCCUGAUAGCUUUGGAAGAUUGCAUUAUGUGUAAUAACUCACAGCAGUCACAUAUAUUGGGAGUUCAUACUAAGUGUUAUUCCUCUUUCAAAGAAGCACGUAGAUAGUGUAAGUACUAUACUUCAGUGGGUGGUAGAAUAUAAUAUACAGAUCCUUUUCCUCACGUUUUUUGCUGUUAUGAUGCUGAAAAGACUGUGUUAUCACUUUUUUCAUUCAUUAUUGCUUUCAGUUAACAAGCAUCUGACAGAGUGGCUUGAAAGCUCAGUCCCCUCUUGCCGUUUGUGUGCUAUUCACCACCUACACAAUUUUGGAUUGCAUUUGGAUGUUAAGAUAUAUAUGAGUUUUGUAAUAUUUUAAUUAUAUUUUAACAUGGAAAUAGUAUUUUGAUAUUGGAGAACUUUCCUCCUAACUACAUUUGUUGACAAUGAAUUUUAGGAAUGUUGUAAGUUCACAUUUUUUAUAUGAUGCUAGUUAAGGGAAAUCAAAUAUCAAUUAAUAGCCCAGUUAGCUUUGAAUUGCAGUGUUGAAACAGGUCUCAUUUCCAAGUAGAAUGGUUGUACACUAGGAAAAAUUGGUUUCUUUUCUGUGAUGUGUUGAAAUUAUCUUUUUCCAGCCACUUUAAGGGGCAACUACUGCUCUCUUUGAAGCAAAUACUAAAAUAUUUAUGAUGAACUGGAAGUGCUGUAUACUCUGUCUGGAGUGAAACGACUGGGAACUUGAGACUUGACUUGCUCCAAUCCCCUGGGCUGUUACCUGUUGCUGCACUAUUGCAAUAGUGCAGCAACAGGUAUGCACGGCUUACAUGUAAGUUGCGUGCAAUUGCCCCUUUGUUUAUAUAUGUCUGUUUUUCACUGUCUGCAUUGACUGUUAACAGUAUUUUAUUUUCUG